UAUUAAUAGUUUUGUUCUUUACAGUAUAUUGUUUCAUGGCAGUGAUUAUGUUCAUGUCAAUGUCUCUUAUACCAUAUGCACUUGAUAUCGUAUUGCCUCUCAACGAAUCCCGUCCUUUCUUACCACCAUAUCGAGGAUAUUAUUUUGUGGACAUGCAAGACUAUUUCUUCGAAAUUCUUUCACAUUCUAUCGUGGCUUGGGCAGUAACCGUGAGCGGAUUAGUUGCCCACGAUUGCAUGUUCGUGACUUUUGUUGAGCACGUUUGUAGUAUGUUCGCCGUAGUUGGAAAAUACGUUUACUACACCUUUCGCUAUACAAAUAUUGAUAGUGACAAUAGGGAUGAGCAUUUCUUUGCUACAAGUAUGUUAUUAUUUAUUACAAAAAUGGUACUAGCUCUGCAAGAAAAAUUACAAUGUUUUUUUUUCGAGAUCGCACAAGGGAAUGAGGAUACUUUAGAGGCAAUAAGGUAUAUAUUCUAUGUCUUUGGUCAGAUGAUUCAUUUAUUCUUUCUUAGUUUUGAAGGACAAAGGCUGAUAGAUCACAGUCUUCAAAUGCGCGAUAAAAUAUAUAAUAGCUGUUGGUACAGCGCAUCGAUAAAAUUACAAAAACUAAUCAUACUCGUAAUGAUGAAGAGUCUUUACCCGAGUUUCCUAAGCGCUGGCAAGAUUUACAUUCUCUCCUUGGAGAGUUUUACCACGGUUUUACAAACUUCAAUGUCGUAUUUAACGGUACUCACGUCUAUGCAAUAGAUCACGUUAUUCCUGUAGACGCUAAUAUCUCAUGAAAUUUGUGUCUCCAAUCCUGUCUUUAAUAUUUUAUUACAAUAAUAUACUUUCGUUAAUCAUAUACAUAAUAUUUAUAAUCAUAUUACAUACAUUGAAAUAUCUCGAGCAGAUCUUAAGAGGGGGGGGGGGGGAACUAGUACUCUUGCGCUUCUCGAAAGCGCAGUAAAAAGUGACAAAAUGGAGAAGAAUAAAGAUAAGGAUGAUAUCAGAUUACAAAUAACAAGUUGUAUGACAUUAUUAUUGAUAAGAAAAUUGUCGUUGCAUGUUUAUGCAAGUUUUAUUUUUUUAAAAUCACAAUAAUUACGUUACGUUAACACUUUUUACAUGUGCACAUACACUAAUUUAUUGUAAUUAAAUGUAUAUUUAUUGUCAUCUUUCUAGUUAUGAAAUAAAAUAUUUAUAAAAUACAUUAAUCUGUAGAGAAAUAUAUUUAUUUUAACUAAAAAUAUUGCAAUAACAUUUUUUAAAUAAUUUAUUUAUAAUUAUCUAGGAAAGCAACGAUAAGAACAAGCAAACAAGCUUUAAGCUUCAAAAUGCUUAUUUAACUUUUUAUUUGCAAUGAUUUUUCGCCAAGUUAUAGGUUUGAAAAUUGAUUGAUUGAUGAGUUUUAGGCGUCUGGGCAUCAAUUAUGUAAUUUUUCCCUAGGAGCGUGAACAUUUUCACGUGAAUUCGAUCAUUUUAUUCGUCUCGACGCGGCAAAGCCGUGUGACCGAAUGUAUGGGUGCGCGGUGGUUUCAAUGCGUUCGUGCGUACUGCGUACUGACGCGUCGAAUACUACGCGCAGUAAAAUCAAUCGCAAAACAAUCUUUUCUUUUUUCGAGCUCAGAAGUGUGAAGAUAAAAGUGCAAAGUAAAGAUUUUACAGAUCAAUAUUUAUGCUGCGCAUCGUUUGUUGGUGACAGAGAAAAAGAGAGAAAGAGAGAGAAAUAGAGAGAGAGAGAGGAGAGAGAGAGGAGUAAGUUUUAAAUAAU